AUGAGUUUGAGGAAAUCACCGGACUCAACUGCGGCCUAUUCCAACUGCUCAUCAUGGUCUCACGAUGAUAGGCUGCGUUUGGGAUAUCUUGGGAACUAUGUUGGUUUCAUAGUGGCAACGAAACCAACCACAUCUACAAAUGCUAACCAUGCCAGACUAGUGAUAGAUUUCGAAGAUUUUAAGGAGUUCCCAUGCGGAAGAAUUGCUUUUCAGCAUCUGAUCAAGUCUGUCAAAGAUAAAGAUCUCAGCAAAAAUAUUCAUAUAGAACGAUUUGUUCAAGCUCUUCAAGUAUGGGUAUACUAUGCUCUUCCGGAUUUUGCUGCUGAAUUUGGCAAACCAUUGCCAAAUGAUCCUACACCUCUUCUGCUGGCUUACAAAGAAUCAAGGGGACAAAAGAACGCCAAAGCCAACAUGCUAAAACAGGAUCCGGAUAUUGUCAAGAUUGUCGAUGCAAUCCAUGACCUCCAAUUCAAGUUUUCCAAAAAUCAUUGGCCUCUGGAAGGUGUUUUGGGUUCACACAUCCUCAAGGCAGAAGCACAAAAAAGGAGCUUUCCCUCAGAUAAAUCAAGCCGCAAGAAAACCUGCACAGCCUCUGCCUCUGCCGCCUCUUUCGUUGGUGAUCAAGGGGUCGGAGUUGUCGCUACUAUGAAAGCGCACUUCGACCAAUGCUUCAAAAGCUUCUCAACCAAGAUGCUGAAUGGUCUUGGUAGCUGUGAAAAGCAGAUCAAUCUUCUCACCGAUAAGGUUGAAUCAGUAGAGCGCGCGGUAGAGGAGUUGACAACAGGGACGUCUAAGAACACUGACAAACAGGUUAAAGACAAUGUAGAGCCGAGCCAGCAGCAGACUAAUUCAGAGAAAGAAGAUGCUCCUAAGAAAGAUAAUGUGAACGUUGGUGCGAGUGGGAGUGUUAAUGCCCCUGGGAAUGCAAAAGGAAAGAAGGCUGCUGUAGACCAAGAAGAGGCCCCCAAUACAAGCAAUUCAAAUUGGAGUUGA